AUUACAUAUAUAUUUUGCGUAAUAAUUAUGUAACGAAUUUGUGGGAUUUUUUUUGUAUCUAGUCGAGAGGUUACACUUACACAAUACCACAAAGAUAAGGAGAUUAGUGUAAGUGAUAGAAAAUAAAAGCCAAAAGGAAGUACUACGAAGAGUCCCAUGGAAAUUGUACAAUUUGGACUCACCAAAAACUCCAAGAAUAUUAGAGAGUUAACGACGUCAUUAAAUCUUACACCUUAAAACUCUUUAUAAUCUCAUUUUCAGACCACACAUUUUACCAAUUAGACCCCGCACCAAACCCCCAAUUUCACCAACUACCAAACCAAACCAAAGUUGCAAAAUCAAAAGCCAAGAAGAGGAGGAAGCAGCCUAAUCUUAUCAAGACGCCAUUUUUCUCACCCAACAAACCCCGUCAGAGAAAAUGGACGGCAGCAAUGGCGGAAAAAACCAAAUUCCGGCAGAGAAAACCCCAGAAAAUCAACAACCACUUUCUUCUUCUUCUUCUUCUUCUUCUUCUUCUUCUUCUUCAUCAGAAGAACAACAUCAUUCUCCACAGCUCACCAUUAUUAAAAAUGGCCCUGGUUUGCCCAUAGCUUCAAUCUCACACUCCCUCUCCACAAUCCUACCAAUCCCAACCCAUUUUCUUGCUUCCAGCCCUUCCAAAAUUACAUCUUUUUUCAAUCCCAAUCCCACCAAACUGAAAAUCCCUAACCAAGUCUCAUCACUUUCCAACCUCUCCAUUUCUUCUUCUUCCUUUCCUUCAUCGAAGCAAAUUCUCAAAUCCAGUUUCUCUGCUAAGCCUCUCCAGAGCCCGUAUUCUCUCCUCCCCCACCGCCCUACCGACCCUUCUAACGCCGCCGCCCUCCGCCGGGCUUCCAUUGUUUGGUUCCGCAACGACCUCCGUGUUCACGACAAUGAAUGCCUCAAUUCAGCCAACAACGAGUCUAUGUCGGUCUUGCCCGUUUACUGCUUUGACCCGAGAGAUUAUGGGAAAUCCUCAUCCGGGUUUGACAAGACGGGUCCCUACAGGGCUACUUUCUUGCUUGAAUCGGUUGCGGACUUGAGGAAAACUCUGCAGGCUAAAGGCUCUGAUCUUGUUGUGAGGAUUGGGAAGCCGGAGACGGUGCUUUUGGAGCUGGCUCAAGCUGUCGGAGCCGAAGCUGUGUAUGCCCACCGGGAGGUUUCUCAUGAUGAGGUUAAGGCGGAGAAUAAUAUUGAGGCGGCUUUGAAAGAUGAAGGGUUGGAAGUGAAGUAUUUCUGGGGAAGUACAUUGUAUCAUAUUGAUGAUUUGCCGUUUAAACUGUCCGAAAUGCCGACAAAUUAUGGUGGAUUUAAGGAGAAAGUGAAUGGAUUGGAAGUUAGGAAGACGAUUGAGGCCUUGGAUCAGUUGAAAGGUUUGCCUGCUAAAGGAGAUGUGGAGCCUGGGGAGAUUCCUUCAUUGGUUGAUUUGGGUCUUAACCCGAAUGCAACUAUGCUUCAGAAUGGAAAGCCUGCCCCAAAUGCCUCUCUUGUAGGAGGGGAGACUGUAGCAUUGGAGAGGCUUAAACGUUUUGCAGCUGAAUGCCAAGCACAACCACCUAAGGGAAACAAGGAUGGGACUAAUGAUAGCAUAUAUGGUGCAAACUUCUCGUGCAAAAUAUCUCCAUGGCUUGCCAUGGGAUGCCUUUCUCCACGUUCCAUGUUCGACGAACUGAAAAAAUCAGUCUCGAGACCGGUUUCUGUUGCUUCUGGCCAGAAAAGUGGUGGUAGUGGUUCAUCAGACACUGGGCUGAACUGGUUGAUGUAUGAGUUGUUGUGGAGGGAUUUUUUCAGGUUUAUCACCAAGAAAUACAGUUCUGUAGAACGACGCCAAGUUACUCCCGUGACUGGUUCUUUUGUUCCUGCUGCUUGAAUUUCCAUCCCAGUAGAUAAUUGGGUGGAGAAAACAGAUGCAGAUAAGAUUACAUUUAUAUAUUCUACCGGAUUUUGUUUUGCCAUUGUAUCUCUGCCCAAUGCCCAUCUUCUGGCAACUCUCGAAAUGUAAGAAAACCUUGUGAUUAAUGUCUCAGUAAUGGAAUUUCCUUUGUUCAUUCUACUCUCAUGGAUGAGUUUGUAUUAUUGUGCCUACUACCAUUGCUGGUCAAGAAUUUAUCUUGGCGGCCACCUAACUACUUUCAUCAAACUCUUUUGAUCAUUGAAGUCAUUUCUGGGGACAAAUAACCCACCCAAUCAUCGACUUAAACUCCUUAGAGCCAUUAUAUUUAUGGUUAACAUUAAC